AUGGGAGCUGUUCAGCAACUGUUCCCAUGGUCGCGCAGGUUGUCCUCCCCCCGGGUGUUGAUGGCAAUGGCGUUUGCAAUGCUGCGACUCACCGACGCGAUUGAUGCCGACCCCUCUGUGUAUGCAAAGCGACGAAGUCGUCUACAGCAACUUUGUGUGGGAAAUAACGGCAAGGGGUGGACAGAAAACAUUCUCGUCUACCGCAACAUGUCAUACGGUGUGCUAGCCAAGGCCGGUUGCACAUUCUGGAUCCGCGUCUUUCGGUUCCUACACAAUGAUACGUUGGGACAUGACAAUCCUUUCCAGAUGACAAGAGGGGAAGCACACGGGGGACCCAGAAAAAUAAAGAUGUAUCGACUUCAGAAAGAGGAGGAUAGACGUGUUGUCAUGGCAACAACACGUUUCAUGGUGUCAAGAAACCCAUUUACUCGCUUGUUCUCAGCCUACAUAGACAAAUUAUAUCUUAUUGACUAUUGGUCACGAGCUGGUAAAACCAUCGUCUCCCGCAGAGAGAAUGCAUCUGCUUUAAGUCUGAGAUGUGGGCACGAUGUGAGCUUCGCAGAAUUCCUUUCGUAUGUUGUAGACGUUGGUGAGCGUGAUGUUUUGUCCCUAGACGGACACUGGCGUCCGAUCGAGCACACAUGCAACCCGUGCGCAUUCAAACCGGAUAUAGUGAGCAAACAGGAGACCUUCUCGCAAGAUGCACGCUUCAUACUGUCGCGAUUCGGUCUCGGAUACCUGAUGCAGAACUACUCUAGCAGGCACCAUGUGCUGGAUGAAUUGUCAAUUAUUACAAAAGGGAACUACAAGCCCAGUGACGCGUGCCUAACCCGGAUGCAGAUGGCAGGAAGGUUAUGGAGAACAUUUCAGAUCAAUGGCUAUCUAACUCACGGCUCAGAGGCAGUUUUAGAAACGGAAUCUUCAAACAGUCUGACUGAAGACAAACUGAUUCGGUUGAUGUCCCAGUCCUAUCUGGACCACAUUUUGACUAAACAAGAGACUUCAGCGCAGAGACGAGCCCACCUUAGGCAGGCCUACGCCACAGUACCACGGAACAUACUUGAUAGGGUGGUCAAACUAUUCAGAAAUGACUUUUUGUUCUUCGACUAUGACAGUUCUAUAGACACUCUUUUGCGUGAGUAACGUGCAUAGCAUGUGCAAAAGGUGGGUUGUUGUUAUGAUAGUUGCUUAUUUAUAAGAUUGAUGAACGGUAAACGAUGACAUGUUUUAGUUCAUAGGCGAUGGUCGCCAUGCUUUAAUUACUAGCGCCCAAAACAGUUAGUACAAAAGUGGCAUUGGCACUUUAGACGAAACGGGAUUUACAUAUUAACGAAAUAAGAUUGUUAAUACAUCUUACAACAGUUGGGGUCUUGGAUAUUUCGUUCAAGAACAAA